AUGGAUUCAGAGCCGGCUAAGAUGGCCAGGCAGGCCGAGGACAUCGAGGAACCCGCUGCUAAGAGAGUCAAGGUCGAUGAUGCAGCACCUGCAGACACCACCACUUCUUCGGAGAAGCCGAAGCGGGAAAAGAUUCCAGGAAUGGCACUACUCAAGGAAGAGUACAUCAUUUCAGUCGCAGGCCAGAGAGAUGGAGACGAAGCAGCCAUUGAUGAUGAUGCUGCCGAGGGGCGCACCGCUCCAGACCCUCGUGAUAGCCGGGACUGCAGGGAUUCUCGUGACGCCCGUGAUGGUGGUCAAAAAGGCCGCCAGAAGAAGAGGGGUCAAAACAAGGACCGUCGCUUUGGCAACUCGGUAGACAAGAUCCGGCUCUGCAACACGCGCGCCUUCUCCCCUGAGUUUUCGCCCCAGCACUGCAAAUUUGGAGACAGAUGCAACCGUUCUCACGACAUUCGCAAAUAUCUUGCAGAAGGUCGCAGAGCGGAUCUCGAAACUUUCGACGGCAUGUGCCCCGUCUUCAAGGCGCACGGCAAAUGCUACUCUGGCUGGAGGUGCCUAUUUGUCCGGAGCCAUAUGGAAGAGGUCGAGCGAGAGGACGGCCGCAAAGAGCUCAUUCUCGUGGAAGACCCGGAUCGCAUGCAGCAGGACGGGGCAUCUGCCCAGACGGCAGACGAUGAUGGUUCUGGUCCCGGUACGGUUAAUGUUGUCAGCGCCGAGGUGAAGCAUAACCUGGAGCGGAAACGUAUCGACUUGGAAACCUCCAACACGUUUAUCAAGUGGCUUGACAAAGAAUUGCACAUCAGCAGACAGAACCACAACAGGAGAAUGAAUGGCGAAGGUGAAGACGAGGUCAAGGAGGACCUCCGGGCACAGUUCGUCGACCCUCCUCUGAGACCAUCCGAGAAGAGAAAGCUUUAUUUCAGCCGAGAUACCCCUGUACUUGCUCCCUUGACUACGCAAGGUAACCUUCCCUUCCGUCGCCUGUGCGUCGAGCUUGGAUGCCAGGGAACCUACUCGGAGAUGGCACUCGCGUUACCCAUUGUCCAGGGUCACAAGUCCGAAUGGGCUCUAAUGAAGGCCCAUGAAUCCGAGAUAACUCCUCCGAGAUACACACCGGGUCCUAGCGUCGUCCAGGGCUAUGACAACUCCCGCGACCUCAAGUUUGGCGCUCAGAUCUCGGCGAGCGCUCAUUGGCAGGCCGUCAAAGCAGCAGAGGCCAUGACAAGUUACCUGCCUCACUUGCGCCUCAUCGAUGUUAACUGCGGUUGCCCUAUUGAUCUCAUCUUCAAGUCGGGAGCAGGCUCUGCCCUGCUUGACUCGCCAGCCAAGCUCGAGAGAAUUGUUCGUGGGAUGAACACUGUGUCCAAGGAGGUUCCCAUCACCACCAAGUUGAGGAUUGGGGUCAAGGACGGGUUCCCUACUGCGAAGAAGAACAUCGAGCGUCUUGCCUUUGGAAGCCAAGACACGAGAGACCGCCUGGGUGCUCCCGGCUGCGCGGCCAUUACCCUCCAUGGCCGUACGCGACAGCAGCGGUACAGGAAGAUGGCAGACUGGAAUUACAUUGCCGAGUGUGCCACACUGAUCAAGUCUUACAACGAGAAGCGUGACGAGCUCACCGACACCGCACGGGAGCCCGAGGAGAACACCACGGCCAAUGGUGACAACGGACGGUUGUUCUUUCUGGGCAAUGGCGACUGUUACUCGCACGUCGACUACUACAACCACAUUGAGAACGCGGGCGUCGACACCGUCAUGAUUGGCCGCGGCGCCUUGCUCAAGCCCUGGAUCUUUGAGGAGAUCGAGAAGGGACAGUACCUAGACAAGUCGGCCACGGAGCGUCUCGCGUACGUCGAGAAGUUCGCUCGCUACGGCAUGGACGCCUGGGGCUCCGACGAGAUGGGCAUCGCGUUCACGCGCCGCUUCAUGCUCGAGUACCUCAGCUUCACCUACCGAUACAUCCCUGUCGGCCUCCUCGAGCACCUCCCGCCGAGCCUCCAGGACCGCGCGCCGGCGUACAGGGGCCGCAACGACCUGGAGACGCUGCUAGCCAGUCCCAACUACAAGGACUGGAUCAAGAUCAGCGAGAUGUUCCUCGGCCCUGCGCACCCUGACUUCAAGUUCGAGCCGAAGCACAAGGCCAACAGCUACGAGAUGGAGGGCGAGGGUUGA